AUGAGUAACAGUGUCAGAAAUACAGAUAGCACAACAGAAGUUGAGCUACCUACAGUAACAGGAAGACUUCAAGGUUAUCAAGAUCCACCUCCACCAUACUCACCUGUGGGAAUGACAAACAAUCAGCCUAUAAUUCAUCAAACAAUUAUAGUUCAGUCACCGUUAAAAGAUAGACCUACAUUAUUUAACUGUCCUACUUGCAAAAAAGUAUCUUUAACAAAAGUGAAAUAUGCAAAUUCGACAAAAACUCAUAUGAUUGCUGGUUUUAUAUGUGGCUGCACUUUCUGGUGUAUGCUAUGCUGUUUGGCUGCCAUUCCAUAUUUGUUACCUGCAUUUAAAAAGACAGAACAUUAUUGCCCUAACUGUGACAGAUUUCUCGGGACAUAUUCAAAAUUAUGA